AGGAGCUCACAUGCAGACGGAGCAGGGCAGUGCAAGAGCCGAUUAUAUGACCUGCCAAGUCACCCUGUAAAUACUUCUUACUGGCACGACUGGUACACUGUGCUGUACAUUUCUGUACAUAUUUCGUUAAAAGAAAGACAAUUAAAAAGUUAUAUGCUGUUUUAUUAUACUUUUCUCGUAUUUUUUUGUCGUAAUAUCCUUAUGGAAUGACUUGUACCUCUGCCUAUGACAACCGAUUGAAAUGUGAGAGGUGUAACGUUACCGACAUCCAAAACGAUAGCCAACUACACACAAUUUGAAUCCUAUCCUUUGGAAUAGUUAAUCAGUGUGGCAUCAUGGUGAUCGUAACGGAGAGAAGCCCGGGGUCCCAGCCCAACCAUACUCAUGGAAGGCCUCUACAGGUCGGCUUCUACGAGAUCAUCCGCACACUGGGGAAAGGAAACUUCGCUGUUGUCAAACUGGCAAGGCACAAAGUCACCAAAACACAGGUGGCCAUAAAGAUCAUUGACAAGACCAGACUAAACCCAUCCAACCUAGAGAAGAUCUACAGAGAGGUCCAGAUCAUGAAGCUGCUGAACCACCCCCAUAUCAUUAAACUCUACCAGGUUAUGGAGACUAAAGAUAUGCUGUAUAUUGUGACAGAAUAUGCCAAAAAUGGAGAGAUGUUCGACUACUUGACCUCAAACGGGCGCAUGAGCGAGGAUGAGGCACGGAAGAAGUUCUGGCAGAUCCUGAUGGCGGUGGACUACUGCCACAGGCACCACAUCGUUCACCGUGACCUCAAGACUGAGAACCUGCUGCUGGACACCAAUAUGAACGUCAAACUGGCCGACUUUGGAUUUGGAAACUUCUACAACUCAGGCGAGCCCCUGUCUACGUGGUGCGGCAGCCCCCCCUAUGCAGCACCCGAGGUGUUUGAGGGGAAGGAGUACGAAGGGCCACAGUUGGAUAUCUGGAGUUUGGGUGUGGUUCUGUACGUUCUCGUGUGCGGAUCCCUUCCGUUCGACGGGCCCAGCCUUCCCGCCCUCAGACAGAGAGUCACAGAGGGGCGCUUCAGAAUCCCCUUCUACAUGUCUCAAGACUGUGAGAACCUGAUCCGUAAGAUGUUGGUGGUGGACCCAACCAAGAGGAUCAGCGUGGCCCAGAUCAAGCAGCACCGCUGGAUGCUGGCUGACCCCACAGCUCCUAACCAGACCCUCAGUAUGGCACUGCCUCUCACAGACUACAACUCCAACCUGGGGGACUACAGCGAGCCCGUCCUGGGCAUCAUGCAAAGCCUGGGCAUCGACCGCCAGAGGACCAUCGAGUCUCUGCUGAGCAGCAGCUACAACCACUUCUCAGCCAUCUACUAUCUGUUGUUGGAGAGGGACAGGGAGCACCGGGCCUUGCAGCUCAGUCGCCAGUGUGGACCCUGGACCCAGAAACCCAGGGACACCUCUGACUCCGGUACCCCAGAGGUCAUCAUGGAGGACAGCUUCAGAACUUCGGCCUACCCCAUUCAGUGCAAGACCACCCCUCCCAUGCAACCGGAGAUGGAAUAUGACCACGGUGCAUUGUUCCAACGUGUGGCGUUCCCGGUGGAAGCCAGUCUGAACCGACUGCUGUGUAACCGCUCCAUCUCCCCCAACAGCCUGCUGGAGACCAGCAUCAGUGAGGAGGUCACACACACCUGCUCAUCCCUCGUCCUGCCCACCACCACCUCCCGGCGACACACCCUGGCCGAGGUCUCCCCUCACUUCUACCAGUGCAACCCCCCCUGCAUCGUGGUCAGCCUCUCCGAUGGUGCAUCGUCUGACAGCUGUUUGAAGUCCUUGUCCACUCCCAACCCUGCCCUGCACCCUCCUGUGGGGGGGCUGUCAGCCAUGCCAGCCUCUGGGACUGGCCCCAGGGCGCUGGUCUCUGCCGGUACCCAUCUGGCCCUCUCCUCUCAUCUCCUCCCCCAGGCCCAAGCUUCCAGCUUCCAGGAGGGCCGCAGAGCCUCUGACACCUCCCUAACACAAGGUCUGAAAGCCUUCCGCCAACAGCUGAGGAAGAACACUCGCACUAAGGGUCUUCUGGGUCUGAAUAAGAUCAAUGGUCUGGCAAGGCAGAUCUGCCCUCUGACCUCCGACCACAGUAGCCGUGGCAGCCGGGGAUCAAUAGGUCCCACCAUCAAUGAGCACCGCAGCAUGCUAGAGGAAGUUCUGCAACAGCAAAGAAUGCUCCAGAUCCAGCACCAGCCCCAGGCUCCUCAGUCAGCAUCUACCCAGAACCCUCUGCUCUUCCUGUCCCAGCAGCAGCCCCCCUCCCCCACAUCCGUUUAUGCCACCUCAACCCUGUUUGACACCUCCGCCUCCUCCCUCCCCCAGGGGGAACAUCAACACCCCCUUUCCCCACACAAGAGUCUCCUGGCUCUCCAGCACGCCUUCUGGCAGCAGCCUUUGGAGUCAUCUUCCUCCUCCUAUGGCUCCUCUUCCUCCUGCUCCUCAUCAUCAUCCUCCUACUGCGCCUCCUCUACCUUCCUCUCCCCUGUGGCCUCCGCUGCUUACCUCCUCGAGGCUCGCCUUCACAUCAGCCAGCAACCCAGCCUCCAUCCCCAGACCAACCUACACUACCAACCCCAGGCCCAGGCCCAGAACCAGGCCUUCACCCAGGGCCCCUUACCCCUUGUGGCCAGGCAGGGGAUGUGGAGCCUGGAUUCAGCCUCCGGAAAAGAGUCAGAGAUGCAGGAGCUGAGCCUGGGUGGGCAGCUGAGCAGCUGUGUGAUGGUGAAGUAAUGGAAAAAAAGAAAGGAGAAACAGGAAACAACAAAUUCCUACUAGACCAGAGUACUUGCUCCGUAUGGCAACCAGAGUAAAAAUGUCAUGGUGAUGUCAUCACUGAUGGACAGGAAGGGUGAGCACUUUUUGACAGUGGGAACAGAACUUUGAGCUGUGGAGUUGCUCACAGAUCAUCAGAUGAUGAGAAGAUGAUAGGACAACCGAACAAAUUGUCCUAAGUGUGAAAAGAGAACUAUUGGGGAGAGCUAAAUGAAAAACUGAGCAUAGAGUGGACAGAUAAAAAAAGAAAUGAUGAAAGUGACAAAUCUAGAUGAUUCUGUUGAACAACAUACAAACACUCACAUCUAGGUGUGUGUAGCUGUGUGUGAUCACAUAAGCUGACAAUUAAGCAAUAACAAAACUCUGGAGAGGUGAGUCUUGAGUUCUUGUCGGAUCCCCAGAGAAGCAAUAAAGGUCUGGGACCACCUCAACGCAACACUGUACCUGUCCUUUCUCCCUAAUAGGGACCCCAACUCACCCAUCUCCUUUUCUGGAGGGGUGUGUGAAGGACUCAUCUUGAAAAGACAAUGAGGAGUGGUAUCAAUGAACCAGACGAGGUAAUGUAAGAACUAUUUCAACAGUUUUUUCCGUUUUUUUGAGGAUCUAGUCUUCCUGAUUUAGUUUUUUGAUGCUUUUUCAGUUUUGCUCAGAGACUUGUAUUACAUGUCAUUGUUUUUUACUUUAUUUUUGUUUUUACUUAAUUUGCCUUUUGGAGAAGUUAUUACUUUGUGGCAAUCCUACAAGCAUGCAGUAUCACAACAAUUUUCAUCUUCAAACUUUCUUUGAACACAAUGCUACAGUGAUUUGACAAACUGUGAUUUAUUUGUGCAAGAUUCUAGCUGAGCUAAUGCUGCUUUUACCUCAGAAGAAGAUAAAAACCUGGUAAUUCUUGAUCAGCCAAAACUGAAUAAAAAAUAUACUUGCUGAGUGUCUAAAACACAAUAGGUAUUGCUAUUAGCAAGCAGUGUGUGUGUGUGUGUGUGUGUGUGUGUGUGUGUGUGUGUGUGUGUGUGUGUGUGUGUGUGUGUGUGUGUGUGUGUGUGUGUGUGUGUGUGUGUGUGUGUGUGUGUGUGUGUGUGUGUGUGUGUGUGUGUGUGUGUGUGUGUGUGUGUGUGUGUGUGUGUGCGUGCCUUACAAAAAGGUUGAUUUCAGUUUAUAAUUUAUAUUUAUAUAUGGUUACUUUCUAAUCAUAUUGUCUCUGUUGUUAUGUCCUUUUGGUGAGGAAUCCUCAAUCAUGCUAUUCUGCUGUUACCUUCUCAGGUAACCAAGUCACAAAAAUGUGGAAACGUUGUCUAAACUUAAGAUCCUGAAGACCUACAGUAUAAGCAUGAUGUCAUUCCCUAUCAGAGGAAAACAAGGCUUUAACAACUUUACUUCCCACUUGAUGUAUAGGCUGUGUGUAGGCUAUAUGCUGUACUGCUUUCACAUAGCCGGAACAAAGACUUUGGGACUAUAAUGCAAUAUUUCACAUUGAAAUGCAGAGGAAAUGAGAAAUGAAGAUCUGACAGGAUUGUACAUUACCUGCCUGCUGGCAUUUAUUCGAUUUCCUUGUUUUUAUUAGUACAUUUUUUCAUUUGUGUAUGAUUGUAAGAGGUUUUAAAACCUUUGUAGGGCGCUAGCUGAGUAGAUCAGGAACCUGAACGCUUCUGUUUUUUUGAACAUGAACAUAGAUAUGAAUAGAUGUAAAAGAAAGGACCCAAACCAUUUCACAGUGCUUUUCCUCUUGACGUCACAGUGCUUUUCCUCUUGACGUCACAGUGCUUUUCCUCUUGACGUCACAGUGCUUUUCCUCUUGACGUCACAGUGCUUUUCCUCUUGACGUCACAGUGCUUUUCCUCUUGACGUCACAGUGCUUUUCCUCUUGACGUCACAGUGCUUUUCCUCUUGACGUCACAGUGCUUUGACGUCACAGUGCUUUUCCUCUUGACGUCACAGUUGCCUCUGCCAUUGUACAAUGGCAGAACUAGAGAUAAGCCAAAUAGAGAGCAGAGUAAGAAGCCCUACUUACUUUCCAGCAACUCAAAAUGCUAGCUAGCUAGUGCAUUCAUGGUGUACUCUGUGUGGCUCCUGCUAUGAGCAAGCUGCUUCUGCCACAAGAUGCGAAUGUGUUGAAAAUUCCCCUAGCAGUUGGGUUCCAGGACCAUGACUGUAUUUGUUUUUUCUAAGAAAAUAAGAAAAUAAAUGGAAAACAAUUUGUAGCACUACAAUUUUUUUUGCUGCAAUGUGUGUUUUUCAAUGGAUUGGCCGUAGGAGGUCGCUAGCUAGAGGUUAAUACAACGCACUUGGGUGUAUGUGUUAGGCCUAUUUAUUUUUAGAGAAUGUGUUUGAAACAACAGCGUUUACUUCAGCUGUUUACACCAUGAUAGCAGUGCACCUUUGUUAUUUUGGUUAGUUUGACCAUAUCUGUGAAGGUGUCUUCUUUUGAACAACAUGUUGAAGGGGAAAAGUGUUGGAAGCCUGAAGCUUAAAAGUGGUUUGAUUGAUUUCUCUCUGAAAUAAGCAGUGUUAAUAUUUCUAAAUUACAUUAUAUUUUGCUUGAUUACACUCACCAACAGUGCUUGUGCCUUCUUCAGAACAAACCCCCUAUGGUCAGAGUAACCCUUUUUUUGUCCAAUCAGCACAAAGAGAAAACAGGUGGGCCCAUAAAACCCAGAUUUGCUACUUUUUCUGUAUUGAAGAAAAAAAUACUGCAUUUCACUUUACAAUGAAUAUAUCUCAUUUCUGAAAUAUGUUUAGUUUCUCCUGUUGGUUCAGAAAACGCUUCACAAACUUAGUUUGACCAAACGACGCAGAUCUGUAAGAUGUCCUUUUUGGUAAAAUGUUGGAUAUGAAGAAAUAUGCGUUAUGAUUUUCCUGAUUUUGUACUUGACUGUGUGUGUUUGUAUGAAUGUUAUAUGAAAACAAAGAUUGUUUAUUUGUGUGGCUAAUUUAUUUGAUUAAAACAUGAAUAAACAUGAA